CAGAUUCAGAGAAAUUGUAAAUAUGGAAAAUCAACUAGUAGUAGUAGUAAAUCAAGACGACUCAGACAACUUUCCUCUUCACUGAAGAGAGAGAAAGUAGAGAGAGAGAGAGAGAGAGGGGGGGGGUUAGAACGGAUUUAGAAGCCAUGGAUUGGGGGUUUUCUCUCUUUUCUCAUGAUUCAUGACCUAGAGGGUUUAUGAAAUAUAUAUAUAUAUAUAUAUAUAUAUAUGUGUGUGUGUGUAGAGAGAGACCAGAGAGAGUAGCGGAAUUCUUUUUUUGUUUCUUCUUUAUAUGGUAAAUUGCCUUGUUUAAUCUAACAGUGCCCUAGAUUCAUGGCGGAGAAUAAGUUCGACAGCAGCAAAACCUAGCCCUAGAUCAGUUGCUAGGGUUUUCAGCUGAUUUUUAUCACAUUUAUGCUCAACUGCUUCAAGGAAUCAAGGUAAUCUGUAUUGUUUCUGAAAAAUUUGCAGUUUUUUCGGCAUCGACUUCAGGGGUUGAUGUAAGUGGAAGGUUUCAGGUCCUGAUAUUGGCUGUUCUUGGAGAUUUUUUUUUUUUUUUUUUUAAUAUGUUGACUUCUCUAUGGAAGAGUGUUUCGUUUCAAAUUCGAUGGUGUAGAGGCGGUUGAAGUUGAAGAAUCUUGUAAUUUUUAUCUCCUUUUGUUUUUGGAUUUUGAUGGAUGUCGAAGAAGAGGACUUUAUAGAAACCCGAGCUCUCGGUUGUGGUGAUCUUUCUUUGUGAAGGAAGGCUGUUUUGGGGGUAACUUGGUGCGUCAUGGGCUGCCUUUGUUUUAAGUCGUCUGCCAUCGAAGAUAGCAGAGAAAGUCCAAGAGAGAGGUUGUCGAGUAAAUCGUCUACCGAUUUGUUGCGUGUGCCACGGGCGGCUUCUUCAAGGAGAGAGGAAGUAUUUCGUGGGAAAGAUAGACCGGAUGGGAGAGAUGUGAGAGAUGGGAGAGUCGUGUUGGUUGAGAAGCAAGGGAAUGGGUCGAUUCGGUUGCACAGUGAGAAUUUCGAGAGGAAGAGAGAGAAGACUGAAUAUGGGGUUACUCACCAUCCUGCAAUGGGCAGCAUUCCGAAGGCUACAGAAGGUGAGCAGGUUGCUGCUGGUUGGCCGGCCUGGCUUGCUGCAGUUGCUGGAGAAGCUAUCAGGGGAUGGGUACCACGCCGUGCAGAUUCUUUUGAGAAACUGGACAAAAUUGGACAAGGAACUUACAGUAAUGUAUAUCGGGCUCGGGAUCUUGAUCAGGGGAAGAUUGUUGCUUUGAAGAAAGUACGAUUUGAUAACCUGGAGCCCGAAAGUGUUCGGUUUAUGGCAAGGGAAAUUCAUAUUCUGCGUAAGCUUGAUCAUCCAAAUAUAAUUAAGCUGGAAGGAUUGGUUACUUCACGGAUGUCUUGCAGCUUGUACCUUGUUUUUGAAUACAUGGAGCAUGAUCUUUCUGGUCUUGCUUCAUACCCGGGGCUUAAGUUCACAGAACCUCAGGUUAAAUGUUACAUGCAGCAACUUCUACAUGGACUUGAUCAUUGUCACAGUCGUGGUAUUCUACAUCGUGACAUAAAGGGUUCAAAUCUCCUAAUUGACAACAGUGGCAUCUUGAAGAUUGCAGACUUUGGCUUGGCAAGUUUCUUUGAUCCUCAGCAAAAUCAGCAAUUAACGAGUCGUGUUAUUACGCUUUGGUAUCGACCACCGGAACUGUUACUUGGUGCUAGUCACUAUGGAGUUGCUGUAGAUUUGUGGAGUACUGGAUGCAUACUUGCAGAAUUAUAUGCUGGAAAGCCCAUCAUGCCUGGAAGAACAGAGGUGGAGCAGCUGCAUAAAAUUUUCAAGCUUUGUGGUUCUCCAUCUGAGGAGUAUUGGAGAAAAUCAAAACUACCUCAUGCAACCAUUUUCAAACCCCAACAACCUUAUAGAAGAUGUGUUGCAGAAAUGUUCAAGGAUUUCCCUGCACCAGCGUUGGGGCUUAUGGAAACCCUGCUUUCUAUAGAUCCUGUAGAUCGUGGAACUGCAGCUUCUGCUCUUAAGAGUGAGUUUUUUACUAUGAAACCUCUUGCUUGUGACCCGUUAAGCUUGCCCAAGUAUCCUCCAAGCAAGGAGUUUGAUGCAAAAAUAAGGGAUGAAGAAGCUAGAAGACAAGGAGUGGUUGGAAGCAAGGCCCAGAGGGCUGACCUUGAAAGGAAAGGACCAAGAGAAUCUAGGGCAGUUCCAGCACCUGAUGCCAAUGCAGAAUUGGUCUUGUCAAUGCAGAAGAGACAAGGUCAGCCCAAUUCAAAGAGUCGAAGUGAGAAGUUCAACCCGCAUCAGGAGGAAGUUGCUUCUGGCUUUCCAAUUGAACCACCUAGACAAUCACAAGCAGAAGAAGCAAGCAAAGAUCCUCAGGGCAAUUUGCAUAAAAGAGCUUCACAUUCAGGGCCACUGGUUCACCGGUCUGCAUGGGCUAAAUCUGGGAGAAACCUGGAUGAUGCUCCGAAGGUUUCAACUGGGUCUGACUUAUCAGCUUUGUCUGGCUUAGUAGCGGCUAGGAAUUUGUUUCCGCAAGAUCGAAAAGAUAAGUCUGGUCCAUCACAAACAGAUGCAGCAAGCCUAAUGGGCAGGCUUCCUGGAUCAUUGAAUGAUCCAAAGGAAUCCAACAGAAGGCAGGAUAGAAAGCAUCAUGGUCAGGUUCUUGUGGGUUCUUAUCAAGAGGAAGGUGAAAAAAUCAGCAACAAGGGCCCGAUUCUGGGUUAUGGGUCAAGGGGGAACAAGAGUCACUACUCUGGCCCACUAUUGGUUCCUUCAGGCAAUGUGGAUCAGAUGCUGAAGGAACAUGAUCGCCAGAUCCAAGAAGUAGUACGUCGAGCACGACUUGACAAGGCAAAAAUUAGGAAAGACCAGCCUGAUGUGAACCAGAUAUCAGGUAAUCCAGUAUUUGCCUAUGGUCGUGGAGUUGUGUAAUCAAGGCACCUGUAGACUGAUGGAUUCCACAACUUAUGCCAGAGCGAGGUGAAGGAAGGGGUUUCUCUGAAACAUAUGUGGUGAGUGGUUCUCUUGUGGCAAGGUACAAGCACGUGUUGUACAGGGGUUUGUUUAGGGAAUUUGGAAGGUAAAAUGUUGAUUAAUCAAGGGUGUCUGUGCCCUCUGGAUCUAAGUAAGGCUUUCUGGAGAGAGAAUCUCCAAGCUCAAAUAGUUUCUGUUCAACUGAUCAUCUCUUCUCCACUUAUGUAUCCUCAAUUUAAAUUGUUGGGCAAUCUUGUGGCUAUAGCUCAUACACAAUACUUGAUAGAAUAGUUUUACAAAUUAAUGUUGUAAUAAUGCAGCAUGUUACUUGUUUUCUGUA